CCCCCUCCUUCCGCCAACGCGUCCGCCAUGGGAACUUUCAAGAAGGAGGCUAAGAGGCGGGAGAGGCAGGGAACCACUAGCGAUGGCUUGGGAAACGUUAAGGUCAAGGGCGAAAACUUUUACCGCUCAGGAAAGAAGGUCAAGGUCUUAAAGCGAUUGACUGAUGGGAAAGCCCAGAGGAAUGCCCGCGGAGACAUAACGAAAGCCGCCUCAUACCAGAGUCGUGACGCUCCAGUUGCACGCGUUCAACCCGACCGUCGGUGGUUCAACAACACCCGCGUGAUAUCGCAAGAUGCCUUGGACUCGUUUCGUUCGGCGGUCCAGGCGCAAGCCUCCGACCCCACCACCUAUCUCAUGAAGAGGAACAAGCUUCCAAUGGACUUGAUCUCGGCGGAGAAGAACGUCAAUGGAUUGAAGCAGCAUGCGGCGAAGAUAGCAGUCGAGAGUCAACCAUUCAGCGAUACGUUUGGACCCAAGGCACAGAGGAAGAGGCCGCGAUUAGAUUUCGAUUCUAUCGAAAGCCUAGCCGGUCGGACCGGAGACAUGCAUGAACAGUAUAUCGAGAAGCUUGAGCAGGCGAGACUCCUGUCGGGUACAUCCGGAGACGCUGAAGGAGAGGGCGACGACGGUACGCUUACAACCGCGAGAGAGUCCAUAUUCAGCAAGGGCACGUCGAAGAGAAUCUGGAAUGAGCUGUAUAAGGUUAUCGACUCCUCGGACGUAAUCCUCCAUGUGUUAGAUGCCAGGGAUCCAGUCGGAACGAGGUGUCGCAGCGUCGAAAAGUAUCUACGAGAAGAGGCUCCUCAUAAGCAUCUCGUUUUCGUGCUGAACAAAGUCGAUCUCGUUCCAAGCCGCGUUGCGGCGGCAUGGGUGCGACAUCUCUCUAAGGAAUUCCCCACUUUGGCCUUUCACGCUUCGAUUAACAAUAGCUUUGGCAAAGGCAGUCUGAUAAGCCUUUUGCGUCAGUUCAGCCAGCUACAUUCAGAUAGGAAGCAAAUCUCCGUGGGUCUUAUCGGGUAUCCCAAUGUGGGGAAGAGCUCGAUUGUAAACACUUUACGCAAGAAAAGGGUUUGCACUGUGGCACCUAUUGCAGGGGAGACAAAAGUAUGGCAGUAUAUUACCCUCAUGAAGCGAAUCUACCUCAUCGACUGUCCCGGAAUAGUGCCGCCCAACCAACAAGACACCGACGAAGAGCUCCUCUUAAGAGGUAGCGUGCGAGUCGAAAACGUCGAAUAUCCCGCCCAAUACGUCGAAACCGUACUCAAGAGGGUGCAGCCAAAGCACAUACAACGGACGUAUGAAGUCCAGGGUUUCUCAGACGCCACGAGCUUCCUCGAGCUCCUGUGCAGGAAGCAAGGUCGGCUGCUCAAAGGCGGGGAACCGGAUCUAGAUGCCUGUGCUAGAAUUGUAUUAAACGACUGGAUAAGAGGAAAGGUUCCAUGGUUUACUCCGCUGCCUGUCAAGGACGCUGAAGGAACUGGCCCUGUUCCAGGCGUGGACGGCCGAGAAGGCAGAUUGGGAGAAAUGCCACGGAAGAGGAAAAGGGAUGUCGAAAGUGAAGCUACAGAGAGCCUAGCCGCUACCAUGGACAUUAAUGGUGCAGCUAAACUGGAUAGUAGCAAUGAUGACGGGGAUGAUUUCGAAGGAUUCAGUGACGACGGAGGACUGGAACUGGACAUGGAAGACAAGGGCGACAAGGACGGCGUCGAUGAAUCUUCAGGGGAUGAGGGAAGCUUUGAUGGGAAUACCCCGGUCCCAGGAAGCGAUGUCAGCGAUGCUAGCGAUGAUGUUGAAGAUGACGAAGACGUCGAAGGGGACCUUGCGACCAUAUCUGCCGCUCUAUCUACGGAAAAAAAGCGGCAACGGACAGAGUAGUCAUGACAGCAAUGAUACCCGGGACAUGCGCACAUGCAGCAUGAACUUUGC